AUUAAUCAUUUAAUAAUUAACAUAUUAACUCAUCUAUAUUAAUAUAAUAUAUAUAUUAUUUAUUUUGUGCGCAAAACAGUGACCAUCGAACAUCGAAGUCUUAGUUUGUUUGUUUGAUAAUUAUAACGUCACUAUAAUCCGAAAUGUCCAAUACCAAUGUCAACGUUAGUUUUGCUUGCCAGCGAUGUUUCACACCAAUCCGGCUGGACAGUUCAUUCAACACCAUCAGUGAACACACCAUUGCUGAAUUGUCACUCCCGAUUGUCACUUGUCCAGAAGUUGAUCUUGAGUCUCAGGCCAAACACAUUGAUCAUAUGGUACCUGGUUUUCACUUGAAUGAUUCUUCUAGUGGAAACAAUGGCUUUACAUUGUUGGGCGAAGGGGAGACACCAACUCUUAGCCAUCAAAUGAAAGUGGCAGCCAACCUCUUUGAUAUUGUGUCUGGAAAUUCAAAGAUAAACCAUCCACUAUGUGAUGAGUGCACUGAUGUACUAAUGGACAUGAUGGAAGAGGAACUUCAACAAGCUGAAGCAGACUAUACAGACUACAGCAAUUAUUUGAAAGAACUUUCCACUGAAGAACCAGAAGACAUGGAUGCACUGAACAAAGAAUUGGAAGAUUUGUUAAAAGAAGAGAAAAAGUUGAUGAGUGAACUAGCAAACCUGCAGGAAACUGAAAAUGCAUUAGAUAAUGAUAUAAAGGAAGCAGAAAAAGAAAAAGAAAGAUUAAUUAAAGAAGAGGAGCGGUAUUGGAAAGAAUACAGUAAACAUCGAAGGGAUUGCAUUCUCAUAGAAGAUAAACAAAAAAGUGUCGAAUGUCAAAUUAUGUAUACCACUUCACAAUUGGCCAAGUUAAGAAAAACAAAUGUAUUUAACGCAACCUUUCACAUAUGGCAUCAUGGUCAUUUUGGUACCAUUAACAAAUUACGAUUGGGUAGAUUGCCAUCAGCUCCAGUUGAUUGGGCUGAAAUAAAUGCUGCCUGGGGUCAAGUCACAUUGCUAUUAGUCUCAUUAGCUAGAUAUAUGAAUUUAAAAUUUGAGAAAUAUCGUCUUGUACCUUAUGGAAAUCAUUCUUAUGUUGAAGUUUUAGGUGAAAAAAAGACAUUACCACUAUAUGGUCAAGGUGGCAUACGUUUUGUAUGGAAUACAAAAUUUGAUUUGGCUAUGGUGGCAUUUUUAGAUUGUCUCCAACAAUUUAAAGAAGAAGUCGAGAAAGGUAAUUCUGGAUUCCAUUUACCAUAUAGAAUGGAAAAAGGAAAAAUAGAAGAUUCAGCAACUGGCAAUACAUAUAACAUCCGAAUACAAUUGAAUUCUGAAGAAGGUUGGACUAAAGCUCUAAAGUUUAUGCUUACCAAUUUAAAAUGGGGUUUAGGGUGGGUAUCUGCUAAAAUAAACCAUGAAAUGUAAAUAAAUGAAAGCUGAUAAUGAAUUUGAAAAAAAUAAUAUGAUUUGUAUUUUGUAAUUUUUAU